AUGCCCUCCGAGGCGCCCGGCAGCGGCGAGGGCGCGGACGCGGGCGCUCCGCGGGAGCGGCGGCGGCGGCGGGGCCGUGCGCGGGCGCGGACCGAGGCGCUGCUGCACACGCUGAAGCGCAGCCGGCGGGUCAAGGCCAACGACCGCGAGCGGAACCGCAUGCACCACCUCAACGCCGCGCUGGACGAGCUCCGCAGCGUCCUGCCCACCUUCCCCGACGACACCAAGCUCACCAAGAUCGAGACCCUGCGCUUCGCCUACAACUACAUCUGGGCGCUGUCCGAGACCCUCCGCCUGGCCGAGCAGUGCCUCCCUCCUCCCGGCCCGUUCCGCGGGGCCGCCGCGCCCCCCAGCCCCGGCAGCGACGCGGGGUCGUGGCUGUCCAGCGCCUCGCCGUCCGCCCCCUCGCUCUGCGCCUCCGCCUCGGGCCCCAGCAGCCCGGCCACCUCCGAGGACUGCGCUUACCCCCCGGCCGACAGCCUGCGGGGGUUCCGCGGGCUGCCCGCGGCCCCGGGCGCGCCCCUCCGCUAGCGCGCACCGCCCGCGCCCCCGGCGGAGGAGGAGGGACGGGGGGGUGCCUCGGCCCGUUGCACUUUUCAUCACUCCACCCCUCUCUGCCCCAUCCCCAGCCCCUUCCCCCCCGACCCCCGUCUCGCCUCCCGCGCCGCUCCGAAAAAACGGGGAGAGAAGAAAAGCGACAGAUUUGCUGCCGCAGACGAGGUGAAAAGUCAAUUUUACAAUUUGUAGCUCUCCAGCGAAGAAAAACGAGCAUGAAAAUUUGGUUUGAACGCCCUGACAAUGCCAUGAAAAGGCUUAAGGGGCCGAUGCGGCCCGGGGGCUCAGCGCGGGGCUCAGCGCGUCCCCCCGGCCCUGCCCCGGGGCGGCUCAGCCCCUGCCGGGGGUCCCAGCACCGGCCCCGAUGGGACCCCGCACCCGGCGGACAGCGGAGGGGCUCAUGCAUUAUAGAUGCUGACCCCCAGCGCGGCCGGGCUGCUUUAGAGAGGGAGCAGACACGGGGUAUUCAGCGACUGGACCAGAGAGCGGGUUAAUUUAUUCAAGAUGUUCAUUCAUAUGAAAAUUGUAUUUUUGUACAUAAAGAGCUUUAUUCUAUUAUUAUACCUCUUAUCAAA